AUACAGACACGGCAUGCGGCAGACCGCUAUCACCUCCGCCUUCAUCGGGCGCGCUCAGUGAUCCUUACAAACACCGAGUUGGUCGAGAUUCGCGCUGCUCAACGCACUUUCGAGGGCGCAUAUAUCCGCACCUCAUUAGGUCAAUUCAGCUUUGCACUUGUGGUUCUCAAGAUCUUUACAGCCGAGUUUUAUUCUAUCGGGGCUUUGUUUGCGAUUUAUGGCGCGGGUGUGCUGGGAGUCAGCGCCUUCAGAAGAAUGCAAGGAAACAGGCAGUUCUUUUCUGAAGUUGGUGAGGAUGGGCUGAGGAGGAAGAAGUUCAGAACAAGCGGUAAUGUUGUGGUUGUCUUGACGGCAUUGAGUGUUGCUAGUUAUAUAUGUUUGCUAGUGCUCACUCUGAGAUUAUGA